CUCACCGGGCCCCCGCCACGUCCGGCCUCGCCACGUCCCGCGGUUUCACCGCGGAGCCGCCGCCAUGGUGCCGAUGAGCGACACGGGGAGCGAGAGCGGCGAGUCCAGUCAGGACUCCAGCGAGGAUGAGAUGGUCACCUGGGAAGACGACGCCGGCGGCGGACACGGGCGCCACGCGCUGUCGAUCCCCUCGGCCACGGCGAACUUCGACGUGAGUGGAACCGAGGUGAAGAUCGGCAACCCGCUGAGCUUCAACGACAUCCGGAGAUUUCUUCUCCCGGGCGAUAUUGCCAACAUCUUGGGUGGCAACGUGUGGGGCCAUUGUGGGCUCAUCAUCCGGGCCACUGAGGUCUAUCGCUUCCCCGUCCUCUAUGGUCGAUCGGCGGCCACACCCUUUAAGGACAAGAAGGAAGGUCGAUUAAGACCGAUCGUGGAGCUGGAUUUCAAUGUCGACGUCUUCAUUUUGGACCUCUUGCAGAGCGCCUCCAACAUGCCGACGAUUUUCAUGUCCCAGAUUGGCGUGGUCAUCCAUCCAGAGACCCACGACAUUUGCAUGGUGAAGCGCAUUCGUGGCGGCGUUCUUCUCAGAGAAAGCCACGAUGGAGGUCCGCUGGUGAUUCAGAUCUUAAUGUCACCCUUCACGGCCGAGUCCUUAAACAGGCAGCUGCUGUCGGAGGCGGUGACGGAGGUGCUGAACACCCCAGAGAUGCGCUGGAGCAAGGCCACCGCCGUGAGGGCCUUCUUCCGCCAUGCGCUCUUAAAGCCAUCCAGGUACAAGAAGAAACACGACAGACAACGGCUGGCAGCCCAUUUGCAGGAAGGUUGGUUGGUGCGUCCUGUGUGCUCCACCGUCCCACCGAGAGUUUGGCAAAAGUAUCUGCAGAAGCGAAGUAUGCUCCCUCGCGCACCAUUGCCGGUGGUGAACACCGAUGGUUUGAAGGUGUCGCGAGGUCGAAAGAGUGGAUCGCUGUUGCUCUACUGCGGCCAGGGCAUGGCCAGUGAUGACAUGAUGGAGGACGACGACGACUAUCGCUGGUGUUACGUUUGCGGCUGUGGCGGCAACACCCAUCAGAAGCUUUGUGGUCCCCACAAAGGCAAGCAAUGCAUCAGCUGCUUGCGGGCGCAAUGGACCCACCCUUCGGAUGAUCCCGAUCCACAAGUGGCCUUCGCAGAGGAUGUGCUGCGGAUCAUCCCGUUGAAGGACGAUCGGGUUCUGCCGGAGGAGUUAGUCACCAACCUCUUGAGCACAGGCCUUUGGAGUCAGCUGAACAUCCGCGCGGGGGUGCCGCCCCACCGGAGGGUUCGGACCGUGCCUGCGCGGCGGAGCUACGCCACGCAUCGCACCCUUUGAAAACGGUCACAAGACGUGCCCAAGAAGUUGAAGAAGAACUUGA